GAAUGAAUGAAUGAAUGAAUGAAUGAAUGAAGGAACGAAAGAAAUAAAAGGCCAUUUUUAAAUUUGAUGGUGGGUAUAGUUUCUUUAUAAAUUAAAACUUUAUUUAAAAUGGGUCUGAUAAAUCGAUCAGAUCCACUUUUUGGGCGUUAACAACUGAGAAAAGUCAACAGGUUGUGUAGAAUUGUGCUUUGGGGUUUUUGCUGUUGAACAUCUGAAACAGGGUAUUUGAAAUAAACAAACAAAAAUAAAAUGUACUUUUUAAAAUUAACAAAUUUACAGUUUGCAAUCAAGUGCAGUUAAAGGACAAUCUGUGUCAACAACCAAAUUCCAGUGACCUAAAAAUGCAAGAUAUUAUAAGAUGAAGUAAAUUGAUCAAUUAAAUUAUUAAAAUAAAUAAAAGAAAGAAAGAAAGCAGUGACUAAAGCUCUCAGCAGGAGGCAGGGUAACUCCAAAAAUGUCUACCUUUGAAAUUAAUAGAAGUUAAUCCAGGGAGACUUCAUUGGUCCCUGUAGUUAAAUAGUAAGAGGAAAGGGUUUUGCAAAUAGAGGAAUUUUCCGUUUGUGUGUUUUCACCUUCAUGCUUUACUGAAAAGGUCAAGUCCUGCGCAUGCUCAAGAUUUACCAGCGAACAAAUGAGUUAAUAAUUCAAAUAAAAAGAGUUUCUUUCAACAAGAACGGUAUACAAACAAGAAUAGUAGUUUUGUAAAUAAAUAAACUGAACGAGGACUUCUCGUGCGUUUGCCCUUGCUUUUAGUUUGGCCUGUCCGCAGACCCGCAGGAGCUGCGGGAACACGUCCCGCCGGGCGCGCGGGCUGCCGGAUCAGUUAAACCUCAGAAGACAUCUGAAAAGGGCAGAAGCAGCCAAAGGGCUGCGGGGGCAGAAGGACCGACCACGCACUGAGCUUCGGUCCCAUCGAUCCGCAUUGAUCUCCGCGUUCUGCUGACUGACUUCUACUGGUUGCACGACACGGGCGGAAACUGACUACCAAAAUAAAGGUCGCUCAAAUUCAACAACAAACUAAAAGGGAUUUUUUUUAUUUUGAAAAUAAAAAAGUCACAAAGUUCAAUCGCUAAUGUUUUUUUUCUUUGGCAACCUCUGAGUAAAUAGUACAUAGAGGUGAACCCAAACACAAACCCAGGACGAUAUGCUGAGAAGUUUUUUUAGAGGAUCGUUGGUGUGCAACACCCCCUGAGGGUUCGAACCUCCGCUUUCCUGUUCUCUUGCUCAUUGAUGACAAACCCUCCUACCACUGAAGCGGGUCGCUCGUCGGUCGGUGAUCGGGGUCUCCUGCUGUCAAACUUCAGUCAGAUGACAUGGAUUUGUUGCAGCGACGCGCCGACUAAAAAACUCUGGGAACUUCUGGAGAUCUGGAGAAAAAGCGGAGCAACUACUUUCCUUUUUGGGUCCUCUUAAGUUUUCACAAACUUUCCUUGAGUGUGAAAACAUGCAAAAGUUAAAUUCCGGCACGCACGACAACAUGCUGCCCCGGGACGCAGAGCUCCAGAUGCGGCUAGCUGACAGCGGCGGAGCCGCGGAGGGGAAGGAGAACGGCGCCGGGAAACAGUUCCUCACCCGGCCGGAGGAGGAACGCUCCUUCUGCACCAAAAGGAAGAUGCUUGUUGUUUUGGAUCUUAUUUGUUUGCUAGUUGCCUCCAUCCCAUUUUUUGCGUGUGAGUUCAAGGCAGUGACUCCGUACAAGCGAGGCUUUUUCUGCGGUGACUCCAGUAUCACUUAUCCAUAUCUGGAAAAGGAAGCCAUCCCCGACACCUUCCUCAUCGCUGGUGGCAUAACCAUCACCGGCUUAACAAUCGCAGUGGGAGAAUGCUUCCGGGUUCGUUUUCAAAGGGUACGCUCGCGUGCUUUUGUCCAAAACCAUUAUGUGUCCUGCCUGUACAAGGAACUGGGAAGCUUCCUGUUUGGUUGUUGCGUGUGCCAGUCCCUCACCAAUAUGGCGAAGCUGAGCGUGGGUCGGUUGCGACCCAACUUCCUGUCAGUCUGUAACAUCACCUAUGCGUCCAUCAGCUGCAUUCCUGGACAAUACGUCCCCGACAUCACCUGCAAACAAACAAACCUGAAAAUGGUGGAGGAAGCGAGGAAGUCAUUUUUUUCAGGCCACGCAUCUUUUGCAAUGUACACCAUGCUUUAUCUGUCGUUUUACCUGCAGGCACGGUUGUUGUGGCGGGGAGCACGACUGUUGCGACCACUAGUGCAGUUCCUUUUAGUGAUGAUCGCCAUCUACACGGGCCUGAGCCGCAUUUCAGACUACCGCCACCAUCCGACUGACGUCCUCACAGGCUUCAUCCAAGGGGCGCUCACAGCAUACUGGGUGGCUUUCUACAUCUCCUCCAUGUUUAAACCCUGCACUCGUCCAGGUCUGUCUCCCACCAGCAUGUCCCUGGAGAGUCCUCUGUCCAGCCAGCAGACCAUGUGCUAGCAAGUGGACAUAAAUCUUUUCAGGAAUCCGAAUAUUCCGGAAAGACGGACUGCAACGCAAGGCUGAGUAGGAGAUAGCAAAGCGAGACAAUUUAGAUAUGAAAAGAAGGGAAUCAUUCCAGGAGGAGGACAGUACAAUCUAAUGCAUGCUUACACAUUUUUGGUCACAUUGACACACGUGCAGACAUAUGUUCAUGUAACAUUGUCACACACUCACAUGUGAGAAAAAGCACAUUUGGCGGUACGUGAAACCCGUCCUUUUAAAAGAACUACAUAAUAAUGUUGUUUUGUAUGUAGAAAAAGAGUCUAUAUUUCAGGAGGAUUUCUAGAAGCUGCUAACGUUGAAAGUCUCCAGUUUGAUCCUAAUCCCCUCAGGAGUGGAGGCCUUUAUGAAGGGUAUUUAUUUAAAACAACCCUUCAUAGCACACAACUCAUCACAUCUUGGUUUGGGGUGAUGAGAUGCCAGGCUCUUCUUUUUUUUUUUUUUUUUUUUUUCUCCUCUGCCUGGAAAAGCAGCAGCUGUGAGCUGAGACCGUUGGAUCUCAGAUGCAAAGACAGCUCUAUACAAUUCAUCAGAUCUGGCAGAGAUGACCAUCAGGAGCUGGCUUCAACAGACUGCCCUACAACACUUUGACUUAACUGUAACCUGUGUGUGUAAUCACUGAAAAAAAGCAGUAUUUGAGCUGUUAUACAAUGCUAUCAUUCUUGUUUGAGUAAUCGAAACAGUGAGUGAAAGAAAUCUGACCCCAUUCACUGCCACUCUUCUGUACUAACCACUUUCACUGCGUCUCAGAAACGGAGGCUUGACUGAAUUUUUGUAACCUCUGACUCUUGCCCCGGUACUCCGGUCUCUGAGCCGCAGCUUGAUUAAUGCUACUCUGGCAAGAGAUGCAUAUCUGUGACCUAGCUGCCCUCCUGCACCCGUACUUAAUAGCACUUGAACAUAGAUAAUGGAACUUUGUAAUUAUGAUCAAUAUUAUAUAUUUUCUCACAAGUUGGAUUAAUCAGUGUUUAUCUCUAAUGUCAGACUCAUACACUCUUUUUUUCUUCUUGGUUUAUUCAAACUGAAUGUAAAUAGUCAUUUCAUAUACCACACGGAAUUUCAAGUAUUAGUACCAAGUUUUGGACAGUUUUUGCGUCUUUAUGUUUUUGAUGCAUUGUCUGUUUCUGUUGUAACAACUAGACUGAGCCACAGAUAUUAGAAGAUAUCAGAAAAGCUAUAUAUAUAUAUAUAUAUAUAUAUAUAUAUAUAUAUAUAUUUGUUUUGUGUGUUCCCAGUUGUCGUUCGUUUUGUCUGUGAAUGCCGCAAUGGCAAAAAUAACCACUGUACUCAAAAAACCAAACCAUUAAAGUGAAUGUUGAAUAUUUUA